GGGCCUGGCCUGGGAAUUCGCUGCUCGUUUCCCAUUCUUCCGAUGCAGACAGACACACAACAUGGCGGACUAGAACAGUCGGCCGACGCGCCCGGAUACAGCGGAUAAACCGUGGGACUUCACACUCUAAAAGAAGAAGAAAGUACCCGGCGAGGGGACGGUGCUCUGGGGGCUAAAGUGAGGACUCUUACGGCGGGGGUUCCUUCCUAAACCUGGAUGUAGGGGAGUGCAGUGACGGUGAAGUGUUGACUGUGUGUCCCAGAUCGUGCUUCCCUCCUCUUCUAUCACCCAGGUCCCCCCCACCCCGCUCUCACUGUCGGUUCCUGGGGUGUGGAGUCUGGGGCCGGGGUUGAAAAGCGUGGAAGCGAAACAGGAGGAUAAAUUCCAGCUUGGCUUUGAUUUUUUUUUUUAACCCCCCCACUCCUUUUUUCUUCUCGGGUCUCCUCUCGGCUGCUUCCAGGAGUUCGGGAUCACGCUGUGCGAAUGAGUGACUGAUGCCAACUUCGCUUCUUCAGGGCAGAAUGGGUGUGUGUCCCUUGCUCCUGCUGCUCGCUCUAGCCCUCGGGGCCUCGGCCCAGGACGCCCCCGUCACAGGACCUCCAAAUAUUACUUCUGUACCUGCCGCAUCCUUACUCAAUGUGACAGUCGCACACGUACUGGCCCCCCCAGAUCUACCCACAACACUCCCCCCCGCACUCAUCCCUACAACAACAUUAACAACAACCACCACAGCCUCAAGUCCAGCUGAAGGUGAGGACACGCAACCCAUCGGUCCCGAUGACACUGUCAGGGUGUUACCUGUCCCCCCUCCCCCACCUCCAGCCCCAACCGAUGCCCCUCAGGCUCCACCGAGCACCGAGCCUCACCCUCCUCCCACCGUGGAGGUGGAGGGAGACAACACCACAGCCCCUGUUCCAGAAACCCCAACGCCAGACGAGGAUAUAUACACCCCGGAGGCAGAGACCACCACAGAGCCUGGGACGGAGUUCACUUCAGACACCAGCCCACACGACAAUGACCCGUCUGAUGACAUGCCAAUCAUAGCUGUGAUGGUGGCCCUGUCCUCCCUGCUGGUCAUCAUCUUCAUCAUCAUCAUCCUCUACAUGCUGAGGUUUAAGAAGUACAAGCAGGCAGGAAGCCAUUCAAACUCCUUCAGACUGACCAAUGGGAGAUCAGAUGAUACAGAACUCCAGAGUGUCCCGCUAUUGGCCCGCUCACCCAGCACAAACAGGAAGUAUCCGCCCCUUCCUGUUGAUAAGCUUGAGGAGGAGAUGAACCGCCGCAUGGCCGAUGACAACAAACUCUUCAGGGAGGAGUUUAAUGCACUGCCAGUCUGCCCCAUUCAGGCAUCAUGUGACGCCGCUUCCAAAGAAGAGAAUAAAGAAAAGAACCGAUACGUCAACAUCCUGCCAUAUGAUCAUUCCAGGGUGCAUCUCUCAUCUCUGGAGGGAGUCCCUGACUCUGACUUCAUCAACGCCUCCUUUAUAAAUGGUUACCAAGAGAAGAAUAAGUUUAUUGCAGCCCAAGGGCCAAAGGAGGAGACAGUAAAUGACUACUGGCGAAUGAUCUGGGAGCAAAACACAGCUACUAUUGUCAUGGUGACCAACCUGAAGGAGAGGAAAGAGUGUAAGUGUGCCCAGUACUGGCCGGACCAGGGCUGCUGGACUUACGGUAACAUCCGUGUAUCUGUUGAAGACACAAUGGUUCUAGUGGACUACACCAUCCGGAAGUUCUGCAUCCAGCAGGUGGGAGAUCUGUCUGGGAAGAAGCCACAGAGGCUCGUCACCCAGUUCCACUUCACCAGCUGGCCAGACUUCGGGGUUCCCUUCACACCCAUCGGGAUGCUCAAGUUCCUCAAGAAAGUCAAGAACUGCAAUCCCCAGUACGCUGGACCCAUUGUGGUCCACUGUAGUGCGGGUGUAGGUAGGACAGGUACCUUCAUCGUGAUCGAUGCCAUGAUCGACAUGAUGAACACUGAGAGGAAGGUGGACGUGUUUGGCUUCGUCACCAGGAUCAGAGCGCAGCGCUGUCAGAUGGUCCAGACUGAUAUGCAGUACGUGUUCAUCUUCCAGGCGUUGUUAGAGCACUACCUGUACGGGGACACGGAGCUGGAGGUGACCUCUCUGGAGUCGCACCUGGCCAAACUUUACACUCCCUCACCUGGAGCUGGCAGCGGCCUGGAGGCCGAGUUCAAGAAGCUGACGUCCAUCAAGAUCCAGAAUGACAAGAUGAGAACAGGAAACCUGCCGGCCAACAUGAAGAAGAACAGAGUGCUACAGAUCAUUCCAUACGAGUUCAACCGAGUGAUCAUUCCAGUCAAGCGAGGCGAGGAGAACACAGACUACGUCAAUGCCUCCUUCAUCGACGGUUACCGUCAGAAGGACUCGUACAUGGCGAGUCAGGGCCCUCUGCAGCACACCAUGGAGGACUUCUGGAGGAUGAUCUGGGAGUGGAGAAGCUGCUCUAUAGUCAUGCUCACUGAGCUGGAGGAGAGAGGGCAGGAAAAAUGUGCUCAGUAUUGGCCCAGUGAUGGACUCGUGGUCUAUGGGGACAUUUCUAUCGAGAUUAAAAGGGAGGAGGAGAGCGAGAGCUACACCGUGCGUGACCUCCUGGUCACCAACAACAGGGAGAACAAGGCUCGAGCCGUGCGUCAGUUCCAUUUCCAUGGCUGGCCAGAAGUGGGCAUCCCCACAGAUGGAAAAGGCAUGAUCAAUAUAAUCGCUGCAGUGCAGAAACAACAGCAGCAGUCUGGCAAUCACCCCAUCACUGUCCACUGCAGUGCUGGCGCUGGCCGGACGGGAACUUUCUGUGCAUUGAGUACAGUCCUGGAGAGGGUGAAGGCGGAGGGCAUCCUGGACGUCUUCCAGACGGUCAAAAGCCUCAGACUGCAGAGACCCCACAUGGUGCAGACACUGGAACAGUACGAGUUCUGCUACAAAGUGGUCCAGGAGUAUAUCGACGCCUUCUCUGACUACGCCAACUUCAAGUAGGGAAGCCAUCGUGGACGUGCGGCCGAAGGAAUGUCCGACAUACACCACUUCAUACAAGCACGCGCCAGAAUCUCCACACUCACACACGACCAUGCAGAGAACUCGCCUAUGGAUGAUCACGACAAAAGCAGCAGAGAGACUCCUCACUACUCACUCAGUGGAUUAUGGGAUGGACUGCCCGGAGAGGAAAAAGGGAACAGACGUCUCAGUCCAGAGGACAGGGCAGUGUAGACGGACAAAUAACUGAGAUGCCUUCUUAAAUAUUUUGUAAUAUUGAUCUUGUCACUUUUACCCCCCCCACACACACACACACACAUGUAUAUAUAUAUACUGACUGUGUUGCAUCUUAUUACUUUGGUUUCAGACACAGUUUUAAGUUUGGCUGCAUUUUUUGGGUGGCACCUGUAAUGUAUUUUAUUGGUAUAUAAAUAUAUAUAUAUGAAUAUAUAUAAAUAUAAAUUGGAUGCUUUGGAGGCUAUUGUAAAAAAAACAAAAAACUAAAACCCCUUAGAUAAGGUAAUGGUGUUUGGAUUGUUACCUUAAAGUGACUGAGACUGCCUGAGCCAUGCUGUAGACACAUGUUUUUUUCUUUACACAGAAUGCUGUGCAUCUGCGUAAAGGGAUAGUUCAGUUUUUUGAUGAGGUAAUGACACAAGGAAAAAACAUUUUAGCCACGGAGUAAAAGUCUUACCAAAUCAAUUCUGCGCCGAGUUAAAUUUGCAGUAUCUUAUGAAUUUGUUUUCCACUCAAUCUCGUCAUUGGAUAACAUUUUCUGAACGGAAACGGAGGUGUCUUACAGUCCAUAGAGGAGUUUUUGACUCGCUGCUGCCUUCAUCAGAACGUUCCAAUGUGUGUUUGUGUGACGGGUGGUUUGAAAUCUUUAGUUCAGAUCUACUUAUGACACAAACACAUCAGCAGCUCCUGUCGCCCCUGAGCUAAAAAUACUGCUUUGGUUUGUGUGAGAGAGAAAGAACUUGUAAGACCUUGAGUUUCCACUCAAAAUGCUUUCAUAACAACGAGAUAAAAUGGCAAACACGUACUUCAGAGUCUUUUGUUGUGGCUAAAAUCAGUUUUUCCUGACAGCUACGUCUUCACUGAGAGCCAGCAUCUGCUUCUCGGCACAGGGACAGCGCAGGCAACACUGACUGUGUGUCAUUACCUCUUUCUCUUAGGUCACAAUCUCUGUGUUUUACAUAAAGCAGGCUCAGGUGGACACACACACACGCACACACACUGUGACUUCCACGUCGCUGUCUUGUGUCUGCCGAGUGCCAAAGUCGCUCGCUCUCAAAGAUGGAGGUCUCACUUUGGAGGUUUUACCGAGCAUGUUUGAGACAUUUGGUCCAAUCGUCUUUUCCAACAACCAGCAGCCAACACAUUCCUGGAUCGUCAUGUGAAAGUAGAACAAUAUUAUCUUGUAUUUUUAUUUUAUUUCUUUUUUUUUUUAUGCCCCAUACAGUAAAGAAAUCUAAAUGUGAGGAAGAAUUUCAGGUCUGUUACAGCAUCAGCAGCGAUGUUGAUCAUGCUAAUGAGACACAUUUCAAACAACACGCUCCAUAAUUCCAUCCUACGCGUUAACAAAUGUUAAAACUAUAUCCAGUAUAUACCCAGCAUUUUUCUUUGUUUGUUUACACACAAACAUCAGUAUUUCUGGUAGAUUGUAAUGAUGCGUUUCUCUUCUGUACGGGCUUUUUUUUUUAAUUUUAAACUGUCGUUUCACAUUGUUAUGCAUAUAUCAGCCUCACGUCACCACUGCAGGAGAAUGUUGCUCAAAGAUUGAAUGCAUUGUUACUUUUUAAACAGCGGAGACCUGUCGUCUGUCAUGUGAUCACGUGUCAUGUGACGUGUGUCAUGUGACGUGUGUCAUGAUUUGGCCUAUGCUGUGAAGGACAAUCGGGUGUCCUUAAAUACAGCGUUUUUGUUGUUUUUGUUUUUAUUAUUUUUAUUUUUUUUUAUAUAAUGAUGUCACAGUUGAGGCCACGCCCCUUCAUGAUUGUAAUCAAAGAUGAAUGAUGUCGGUCAAACGCAGGGAUUCAGCUUCAGUCCCAUUUUCAACUUGUGAUGUGAAGUAAAUGGAACGCAGCGUGAGCUUGGGUUCAUCUCUGACUGACCCGCGGUCAAGUGACUUCAGCAUCGUGACUCACUCCAUUUUUAAUGCUGUUUCAUGAAAAUAUUCAGUUUUCUCCCAUUCCAGCAGUUUCAAUUACACAACACUCCCCGUCUCUUAUGUUACAAAAAAAAGUCGCACAAUCAGAUUUAAUUUAUUGACAGCAAACGUCUUUAAGUGUAACUUAAGCCCCAAACCACAAAUUACAAAUGUGAUUAAAAACACGGUGUUUCUACUGCCUCUCUGGUCAAACACCGGCUACUGCAUUCAAGGUUUGCCAUUGGCUCAUUGUCCGAGACUCCUCCCCCUUUUAUAAACCUUAGAGCUAUGGCUUUGUACGAGUGAUCGAGCAUCUCACACAGAUUUAACCGCCAGGCCCCGCCUCCCCUGCACUACCCCCCACUCUCCCUCCGUCGCUCAGCUCUCGGACCACUUCUUGGCAUUUCGCAAAAUCAGCCAGUGGGCGGAGUUAGCCUCAGAAGAGGGAGGGUUUUUUUUACCCCUGAGUUUUCACGCCCUAAAAUGAGUUCAGAAAGAAGAUGUGUUUGAACUCUUAAAGCUCUUUCAGGUGAAGCUACUGCUGCAGAGAAACUGUCAGUGCAGCUUUAGCGUCAUCAUCAUCAUCAUCACGAUCGUUCAAUCAUUUCAAGAAUUGUUUUAUUCCAAAGCAUCACAAGUGCCCGCACUUUGAGUCAGGUGCCAUUUUGUUCAUCAUUGAUUGUGUUUGUCACACACUGCGUACUUAACACAAGAGAGGAUUCUGUUCUCAUCUGACCCUCUCUCUCUCCCCCACUCUCUCUCUCUCUCUCUCUGUCUCGGUCUCUCUCUCUGGACUAAGACAGUAUGGGUUUACUGUGUGUGUGUGUGUGUGUGUGUGUGUAUUGGGAUCAUGUGAUUUGACAACACAACACUGUGCCAACCCUUUGCGACCCACUAUUUUACGAUGAUUGUGAACGGGGGGGCCAGAAGUGCCUCAGUAAAAGGUUUUCAAAACAAAAGGAAUGAAGGCAGACGAAAGGAUUACGGGAAACCGUCGACUCGACUGUUGACUUUUACUUUAGACUCCUUCCUGUAGCUUAGCGAUCAUUCCACCAGAGGGACCUGCAUGUAAAGUAGGAGGAGUUAAACAGCCAAUAGGAGCGUCUGCUUUCUCUGUGAACUGCCCUGUGAUUGGUCUUUUCCUCUUGACAGUGACGCGACAGGUGGAGGCUACAUCCAUGCUAACCUUUGUUGUUGUUGUUGUUUUUUUUUAAAGUGCACAGAAACACAGUGAACUCAGUGGUCCGUUAAACCACGUAUGGAUGUAGCCUUAGUUGUGAGUCAGUGAACAGAAGUGUCUUUCCCUCCCGGAGGACGCACAGACGGUCCACUGAGAUCAAACUAAGAUUGAGGUCCAUGUUUUAAAAGUUUUCCAACUUAUUUUCAUUCCAUUUAACUUGAACUUGAGAUCCACGACACGUAAUCACUCGUGGACGCUCUUGUGCUGAACAAAGAAACUGUCACAUUUGCCCUGAAACACAUGUGUCUUUGAAGUGCUGGAGUUUUAUUUGGCUCAUGCAGUGGAGAACUCCGAUACAUGUCCAUGAUUAGAGGCCGAGGAAGACGAGAUUCUUCCUCUCCACGCGUUCUCGUGCCCUUUGUUUUUGUCUGUCCUGUCAUCACUAAACCUCCCGCCCUGUGUCCUCGGACCAUUGUUCCUCAGUGGUCACUGCCCGCGCCCUUUUGUACAUAAAAAGUAAGGUUAUUUAUAUUUCAUUCCUGUCGACUGCCUUGCUUAUUUUAUUUCCCUCUCCCCUUCCUUUUCUUCUUCAUUUUCUUCUUCUUCAUUUUUUUUAAAGAUGUAUAUUAAACUGUAUCGGGACCAUUUUGAAAUGUAUCAGAAAUGUUUCCUUUUGGCCAUUUUCUAUUUGGUAAACUUGUCUUAAGCAAAUCCUCUUGUUUUUUUUUUAAUUUGCCUAUAUGUUGGUUUUCUAGUGUUACGUUAUUCAACAUUUGAAUAUAUGUAUAUAUAUAAUUAUAUAUAUAUGAAAAAAUGAUAUAUAAUUAUAUAAUGCCGAAUGGCCUUUCUAAGCAAAGAUACUGUUCCAAUUAAUAAAGUGCUUGAGAUUUUA